UAAAGCCACUGACUCUACGAAUGGUGCUUCGGGUUCUUAUAAUCCUCCUACAGGCAUCGCAUAUUUAUAUUUUAUAACUUGCUCUGACUCACUAGCCUCGGGGUCCUGUCAGAUUGAAAACAGUCUUCAUACGUAUACUUCUUUUGACUAUCAAGUAGAAGUAUGUGGACCAAAUUAUGACAGUAUUAUACCAGCACAACCAUCUAAUGUGCCAGUUUCUACCUUAAUUCAAACAGGACUAAUGACUACAAUACCCAGUGGCAUAACAAAUGUACCUCCUACUGGCAGUUCGAAUCGAACGCCUGGCCCUGCUACUGAUAAUGCUAAUAGUCCUACUUCUAGUGGUUUAGGAUCGGGAGGAACAGCCGCUAUAGUAAUACUUACAUUGCUGUUUGUUUUUGCUCUUGGUGUAGGUGUGAUUUUAUGGUAUAGAUCAAGAAAUUUGAAAGCAAGAAGGGACGGUGCUGAAGUGAAUCAAACAGCAUCAGCAGAUCAAUCAAGAGGGUUUAAUCAGCCGCAUCCAGAAGAAAUAGUGAUAGACACUUUUGAUCAUGGGGAAGGAAGUUCAAAUCCCCCACCAACUUACAGUCAAGCAAUGGGUAAAAAAGAAUUAACAAUUGAAGAAAAACCUCUACCAUCAACUCCAACAAGUAAUUAA